UGGCAAAGGUACUUAUCAACCCAUCUCUCUCUCUCUCUCUCUCUUUAUAUAUAUAUAUAUACAUGACUUUCUUCUCCCAUAUUAUAUUUUAACUACCAAACAUAGAAUCAAAAGCUUCUUUGUAGACCAUCUUUGUUCCAUCUCCAAUCAAUCCACAGCUAAAAUUUGCUUUGCAGUCUCAAACUUGCAAAGUUUAUUUAUCAUUGCUAAGCCAACCCCUUUUCCCUCCAAAAAUAAGAAAAAGAAUGGGUCUAAGAGACAUUGGAUCCUCACUGCCACCAGGGUUUAGAUUCUAUCCUAGUGAUGAGGAGUUGGUCUGCCAUUAUCUCUACAAAAAGAUUACGAACGAAGAAGUUCUAAAGGGUACUUUGGUGGAAAUUGAUUUGCAUACAUGUGAACCAUGGCAACUUCCUGAGGUGGCAAAGCUCAACUCCAACGAAUGGUACUUCUUCAGCUUUCGAGACCGCAAGUAUGCGACAGGGUAUCGAGCCAACCGAGCCACAAUCUCUGGAUACUGGAAAGCCACAGGGAAGGAUCGCACGGUGCGUGAUCCAAGGACUCGUGCGGUGACUGGGAUGAGAAAGACGCUGGUUUUCUAUCGAAACAGAGCUCCAAAUGGGAUUAAAACUGGUUGGAUCAUGCACGAGUUUCGCCUGGAGAAUCCACACAUGCCUCCCAAGGAGGACUGGGUUUUAUGUAGAGUAUUUCACAAAGGCAAGGGAGAGAACAGCAGCAUACCUAGCCCACAAAAUGUGUUUGAAAGUAGCACAGCUGGUGCCACUUCUCCAUACUUGGAUGCAUCUCCUCCUAAUACAGACCAAACCUUGCCUUGUGGGCAUCAUCUCCAAACUAUCACCUCUUUCUCCCAAAGCCCAUCACAUCAUCAAAAUCACAACUCUAGCACUCUACAAAACCAAUUGACAUUAAACCCUAAUUUUCUUCAGUUAUCUGAGGAGAUAAACAAUAAUCCCACCAUCAGUGAAAUUAACCCCAAGUGCGAUGAUGGGUUCGGGUUCUUGUUGGAUAUGAGUUUUGAAGAAAGCAGCUUGGGAGAUGGAGUGCCUCCAAAUUAUUUAGGGGAUAUGAGAUUUGAUGACGAUAAUAGUUCAGUUUUCCUCUGAAUCAAAGUUGAUCGAAAAUCAGAAGCCCAGUUGUUGAUUUGUGAUAAAUGUUUGGUGUGUGGUUUUGAGGUACAAGUCAUGUUUGAGUGGAUCUUAGAAAAUUUAUUUGAUGAAGAUAGGUAUUGAUUAGUGUUGUAACUUUGUAUAUUACAAUUGCCUUUUGUUAAUGUUGUAAACAUCAAAUUUUUUUUUUCUUUUUUAAAUCAAUCAUUUUCAAAUAUAAAUUAUUAGUCUGA